AUGUUCAAGAAACCAAUUGCAAGCAUCAAACCUUAUUCUCCUUUAAGAAGUUCAGAUCGACGUAAAUUCCGUGAGGAAUUGAUCAAACUUUAUCCAGUGCUUGAAAAUGAGGAGAAUAAAUCAUCUGACACAAGUUGUAAUUUAUUGGUACCUGAACAUAUUCAAAAGGCCAACAUAGGGACACAUAAUGGACAUCAUGGAGUACUUUAUGUUGAUGAAUUUAAACAACCUUUAUGGGUUAGAUUGGACAAAGACAGAAAUGAAAUUUUGAUUCCUAGUGUUUAUACAUUAUGGAAACAUCCAAAUAUGUUGCCAAAAAUACCUACAUUCACUGCUGUAAUUUCAAAGUUGAUAGGUGGAGCGAACUUUAUGAUUCCAGGUAUUGCAUUUCCACCAGAAGGAUUACCAGAUGUUAAAGAAGGAGAAUUAGUGUCUAUUGUCAUUAGAGGAUAUAAUAUUCCUUUAGCUGUGGGUAUUAUGAGUGUACCCACGAAUACUCUCGAGAGAGGAUCAACACGUAAAGGUAUUGCUGUAACAAUUCUUCAUAUCUCUCAAGAUCAAUUAUGGGCCAUUGGAGAUAAAUCAUUACCUCCUGAUAUGGAUGAAGUUCAAGAAGAAGAUCAGUCUGUUGAAGUUGAAAAUGAAGAAGAAAUUGAAGAAAUUGAAGAAGAAAACAAAGAAAUUACCGAAUAUACUAUUGAAGAUAUCGAUAAUAUUUUACAGGCAUCAUUUUAUCAAGCCCUUACGGAAAAAUUAACACCUUCAGGGAUAUUACCUAUUACAAGUUCACAAUUCUAUUCAGAUUAUAUUCUUCCAUCGCGUCCUGUUGGAAAUGAAAAUAUUGAUGUCAUAAAAUUUUUGAAAGUAAUGGAGAAAAAAGGCAUAAUUGGAUUAAAAGUUAGACAAGGAGAUACAUUAUUGACGAAGGUAAACUGGGAAAGUGAAGAACUUCAAACAUUCAGAUCCCAUAAAUCUAUUGAGAAAGCAGCAUCCGCUAAAUUAAAUGUAGCAUGUAUGGAUGAAAAUUUAGAUAAAAUUCAAAUUAUAGAAGUCUAUAAGCCAAAAGGUGCCAUUGCGGAAUUUUUUGAAAAACAAGGAAAAAUAUAUGUUGUUCUUGAUGAGAAUCUUCGCGAAAUGCUUGUAACAAAAAAAGGCGAAAAUGCCCCAGUCACAUUGACUCGAUCACCUAAAUGCAUCCAAAUUUUAGAGGAACGCAGGACAUAUAAUAAAAUAGCCACAAUUAUUAGAGGAUUCGAAGAGUAUGGAUUUUCUUCUAAUGAAUUAUCUGAACCUCUCAAACAAUUAUGUGCAAUUACACAAAAUCAAUAUUCAUCUCCAAAGAAACCAUUAUAUGAAAUUAUGAUUCAAGGACCUCAUACUAAACAUGUAAUAAAUUAUUUGGUUAAUAAAAGAGGAUUUCCUGAAAAAUAUAUUCAAAUUACAGUAAAUACCAAUGAAUAUAUUUAUAUUCGUUCAUCGGAAGAUAAAGAUAUUAUCGAAGUUCAAGAUUUUAAUACUAAGGAGAUAUUAUAUAAAAAAAUGAGACAAAAAGUUUCGGGAUCUUAUUGUUCUCAAUUGGUUGAUCCAAUAUCUGAACCCGAUGAUUCCAUAGAUUUAAAAGAUAACACCGGAUUAUUAGGUCUUUUAGAAUAUAAAUUCAUUUGGGAAGGAGAAAUUUAUUUAUGGAAGAAACGAUUUUUAUCCAAAGAAAUGGAAUGUAAAAUGGUACAUGGUGAUGAUCCGGGAAUUAGAGUUGCUUUAUUUAGACCAGCAAGUAAUAGUAAAAAAAUGUCUUUAGGAAAAAUGACUAUUAGAUAUUAUAAUAUGAAAAGAAUUCCCGUAAAUGAUAAACGUGGAUUAGAAUUUAUUUUAUUAAUUUCCAUUUUAUCAUUCUUGGAUAAAAUAGAAGAUGAAAAUUUACAACGAAAGAAAAGCAGAGAAGUUUCUACUACUACUACAAAUAUUAUUCCAGGUGUUCAGGCAGCAGAAAAAAGAUUAGAUGAAGAAAGAAUUAGACAACAAGUACACUUGGGACGUUUGAAACAAGUAGCGGAUGAUGAAGAAUCUCCUCAGUAUGAAACAAUUCCGGAUGGAAUACAUAAUGAACAUCAUUUCGAGUCACCAGAAAUUAUCAGAGAUAUUGUCUUAGGGUUAAGUGAUGGUUUAACGGUUCCAUUUGCUUUAGCAGCUGGAUUAUCAUCAUUCGGAGAUUCUCGAGUUGUUGUGAUGGGAGGAGUUGCAGAACUUAUAGCUGGAGCUAUUUCUAUGGGAUUAGGAGGAUAUCUUGCUGCUAAAUCAGAAUAUGAUCAUUUUGAAAGUGAACGAUUAAGAGAAUUCUGGGAGGUCGAAAAUUGUAUGGAAGCUGAAGUACAAGAAAUUAUUGAUACGAAUUCUUUAACACCUUUAAUUGAAAAGUUAACAUCUAAUCCUGAAAAAUUUGUUGAUUUCAUGAUGAAAUUUGAAUUAAAUCUUGAAAAACCUGAUCCAUCUCGAGCAUGGAAAAGUGCCUUCACAAUUGGAAUUUCAUACCUCUUAGGUGGAUGUGUUCCAUUGCUUCCUUAUCUAUUUUUUGAAUCAGCCAUGAUGGGUUUAUAUGUUAGUUGUAUUGUCACCUUAAUCUGUUUAAUUAUAUUUGGAUACAUCAAAGCACUUAUGACUGCUCCUGAAAAAGCAUUUAAGGCUGCUAUACAAACUGCUCUUAUUGGAGCUAUUGCUGCAAGUACAGCUUUUGGUGUAGUAAGAUUACUUAAACCCGAUGAACCUGAUGGUUUAUAA